CCAAAGCUCGUAGUGCUUAUCCGCUGAAAUGGAGAGUGGCGCGUGUAUCUUUUCUCCGAGAUUCUUUAACAGUUAGAGAGAAUGGCGAGAAGUAACGGGGGAAGAAUCUUUGGUCUUUGAUACGGAAGAGAGAUCGAUCGGAUGAUGUGGGGCAGCAAUGGGAGGAAGCGAGGAAGGAAGCAAGGGAGGGAGGAAGGGAGGAAGGGAGCGGGGAGCGAGCACUGACAGAUAUUAUAAAUCAGUGCAUGCUGAUUCUUACAUCUGGAACUCAUCUGGAACUCGGUGGUGAGCUGCAGCCGGUCAGUCGCUCAAGACCAGACUCGGAGAGGAGAAUUCAGUAGAAAAGAAAAGAAAAGACUCAUCGUAACUGAUGUGAUCACGUUCACAUAAUUCUCGGUGUACCGAAUUCUCGGAGGGCUCGGUUCCUGCAAUUUACUAUCGCUCAUGAUCACGAGGAGGAAACGGAGGCGGUGAAUUCUGAGGACUCGACGACUCGACUGCUGAAAGGACGACGGACGGGCCGGACUCUACUUCGUGGAUCCUUCAGAUUUGCCGGUGCCAUUCACAUCGCCGCAACCCAGUAGCCGUAAGACACUAGGCCUGCGAGAAUUGCAAGGGAGCACGAGGGGCGCGAGGAUUCAGCUGCUGGCACCGGAAUUCUCAGCAAAUCGCGAAGAUGGUGAUGAUUAUCUGCGAAAAAUGCUCGAGGCGGUUCGAGACGUCCUCAGCUUACAGCCAGCACUGCGCCGACAGUCACAAGGUGGAGCCGCAGCGGCUCAAGUGCAUCUACGGAUGCGAGAGGUUGUUUCGCGAUGUGGAGGCCAUGAACAAGCACAAGGAGGCGAAGCACGCCGAGGGAGUGGAUGAGUUCGUUCAGACGACCACGACCGUCAUUCCGCCCCAGAAAGUGCUGCAGUUCGUGUGCGAAGAAUGUGGCGUCGACUUCGAAACGCUGGCCAACCUGCGUGCUCACCAGGUCGACCGCCAGGACGGCGAGCACAUCCGCAUCUCCAACGAGGUCGGGUCGAAGAAGUGCGAAUCGUGCGACAAAGUGUUCGACUGCGAGGACUCUCUGGAGCAGCAUUUCGUUUCCAAUCACGCAGUGAUCCAGCUGCCGCCGACGGAGAAGAGGAGGAUCAGCGUGGAGAGGAAGUUCUUCAAUCAAUGGAAGAAGGGCACGACUGUGGACAUAACGGUGCAGUCGGUGUUCAAGAUAUACAACUCUGCGUGGAGAGCAGCGAGGUAUGCCAAGUACAGGAGCGAGAUCGAGGCCAACAGCCGAGGGCAGGGCGACAUUCUGGGCAACGAGCAUCAGCUGUUCCACGGCACAAGUCUGGCAUGUGAGCUCGGGAGUCCGUCGCAGGGUGCCAAGCUCUGCAACCUCAACAACUGCAACAUGUGCAGCAUUCUUCGCCGCGGGUUCAAGCUGGCCAAGGCCGCCACCAACAAAUGGCAGCGCUAUGGCCGCGGCAUCUACACCACUCCCACCAGCGGCAAGAGCGAUGACUACAUUCCUGCUGCUUCCGAGCGUCGAGCCGUGUUCGUCUGCAAGGUUCUGACGGGCAAACAAUACCGCACCAAGACCAACUAUCUGGGCCUCACGAGCCCCCCUCAGGGCUUUGACUCUGUCUGGGGUGAGCCGGGAGUGAACCUCAACUACGACGAGGUGGUCGUUUACAACUCCAGGGCCAUCCUUCCUUCCUACAUCAUCGUUUACACCAAACACUCCAGUCACCAACCGCAGAGGUCCAGGGCGAGUUCUAUAUUUCUCGAAGCGGAGGGAGUGAAUCUCGGGGUUCGAAGGGUCCAAGCGUUUUGUUGUAUUGUGAUUCUGAUUCGCAUUAGCCUAUUCAGGUGAGUUGAAGAUUUUAUCACGAGCUAGCACGUGCACUCAUCAAUUUUUAAUCACUCACCCAUCUGACCAAGUCGCCUGCUCAGCAUCUGCUUCCAGAUUUUAGUGGUCGUCUUCGUAAGCUCUGCAUUAGGAUCACGAUUUCCUCUUCUGCUCGUGCAUAGCUUGCAGGUGUGUUGGCUGGCAGGUGGUGGAUCAGCCAUGGGUUCCAGGAUCAUAGAUUGCUUCGAAGUUGGAACCUAGCUUUCGGGUUUACACACGAAGGAUUCAUCUGAGUUCAGGUCCAGCUUGGCUAGGCAGUUUUCACGACAAGCACGUGAUCGAUUUCGUCAAAAGGAAACAAGAAUACGUCGGGUCCAGGUCUUCAUUCUCAAUCUGGUGAUCUACUAAAGCGCGGCGAUGGAACAAACGAAGUCAACGGUGUUUGCUCAGCAGAUACUUCAACUUCUCCAAGAGCUUCAUGUCGACUGAUAUACUGAUAUAUCUUUCUUGUUUUGCUUUUGCAACAUGAAGACUCGCUUCGUAGGAUUUACUGCUGGGUAAGUUGGCGACAUAUAUAUGUGCUCCGUCAACCCAUCACUCAUUGGUGGCAUAAAUAAAUAGGUAAGAACUGUGCAGAUAACAUAUAUUCUUUUCAGCAGGGGACGUACACAUUUUUAUGUCCAUGAGUCAACUUGAAAGCGACCAGUUCACUCACAGAGUGGUCGGAUCAUACGUCCAUAUACAUGCCGUAGAUGAAGCAGGAUCUGCAAAUUAUUGCAGUCAAGGUGCAAAUUAUCCAACAAUCACACCACUGGAUCUCAUACCGACUGUGACGAAAACCGAAGGAUAAACCAAGGAUAAUAAGAAGUUGAGCAUCGGCUGGCCUAUCACCGUCAAAUACAAGAGCACGCAGAGGAGGAAACCACGCUUCGCUUCUGUUUUCGUAUAUUUGCAGGUACUGGAUCUGAAAUGAACUGCGACGAUCCCCAGGUACCGGUUCUCAACGGGAACAAACCCGGAGGCAAAGAGACUUACACCGGAGCAAGAAACUCCUCCAGCUCAGUUCAAGUCAUUUCAUUCCAAUGGAGAUAAGGUAUCACUUCGUUCGGCAACAGAUACUACAACCAAUCAUCAGACGACCUGAUUUCGGACCCAAAGUUCGAAACUGUGCUACGAAUUUAGGUGUUUAGACAGCACGCCUGCCAGGAAUUCUUCUCAUAAACGUACUGGCUUUGAGGAUAAGAAUGCCCUGAACAUGGCGAUGGCUGCAACAUUUCCAGGGUGUUGUCUGCACCCGUAGAGCUAAGGGAAGGCAGGAGCAGAUCCAGAUUUCGAGAAUCAGGACCUCUUCUUACCAACUCCAUCGUGCCGCAUCCAUCUGGUCGGUAGUGGAAAGGCCUGGGCCUUCCUGCGAAAAGUUUGGCUGCUACGAGUGUUUGGAUUUUUCAACUAUCCACCGACCUUAUCGCCUACUGCUGGACAUAUUAAGAUUCUGCAGAAGGACCAAUUCCAUUAUAGCACAGAACCACAAACACGGUUGCAAGUAGGAGGCAGAAGGGUGGGAUGUUCACAUAAUCUUGGGCUGAAAAGGAAGCUGAUUGAGAGUCCAUGAAACCUUUUAGAAGUAAAGAAAAGAGAGAAGAACAUGAAGUAACAUGGUAACUAAAGCAUCAAGGACCAGUGAAUACUCGUACUCACGGACAGGAUGCGCUUCUCUCACUCACACGUCAGAAAAGGCACAUGUUUAAUCCUGAUGUCACUUAAGUAGCUCAUAGCGAUGUGAACUUCAUAUUCAUUACGGUCACACCAUCCACAGCUUGUGAUAGAACUCUAUGCGGUGGAUUGUUACUGAUUUUAAUUUUCAAGCAAUAACGCG